CUUUCCUCUUUACCGUUUCCACGUUCGUCCACCUUGUCGCGUUCCUGGACGAUUACUCGCCAUCGAGCCGCGAAAUUGCCGAGCAUGAGGUCCGCGAUCCACGCUGGGACCCGUUCGAUCGGUCAGUGAACCAACGAUCCAAUCCGAUUCAUCGAACUCGUCAUCAACGAAAACCGUCGGAUCGAUAGGUUACUCUCGCCAAUGGUGCAGGCAACACGUCGGCAAUCCCUCAGCCAGACCCGUGACGAUUCUAGCGACGGGGGAGGAUGCAACAGCAACAACAACAGCAGGACCAGGAGCAGGACCGGGGAAUCGUAAUGGUCCCGUCGUCCUCCUCCUCUUCCUCCUCCUCCUCCUCCACGUCGGCGACCACGUCCACCAGCACCGAGCUUCGAGACGUCGCCAGUGUCACAGAGGCUGGAUUACCGAAUUUCACGUUGCAGAGCGUGGCUCUUGGACUUCAAGGAGCGCUUCUCGCUGCCCUCCAGAGAGUCGCUCUGCUUCCACCUGGACAUGCCGCCGCCGCGGCGCUUAAUCUCCAGGCAUUGGAGACCUACUUGACUCUUCAUCGUCUUCACGCCAGCAGCACCGUACCGGCUGUUAGUCAGUCGUCCACUUCGGGGCUCGCCAAUCAGAGGUGUUCACCGGUCAAUACCGGUCUAGAGACGGCGCUGACUUCGACGAUACCGUCGAAGAACGAUCAGCUAGCUGCUGAGAGGCUGUUGCAAUCCCCGGACGACGAGGAAGAGGCACGGUUGGAUUUUAUCGCAGAUCCCGAUGACGAUUUGGCUCUGUUGGAGGAGCAGCAAGUGUUGUUGAGAGACACUUCCGUGGCGACGUCCUCCGGUGAUCACGAGGCGCUGUUGCGACGGAUAUCGGAAGGAAAUCGCGCGAGUUCGAGUUCUACGACGACGAUACCGCAGUCGUCGUCCCUGUCGCAGAUAGCGGCUUCUUCGUUCACGUCCCCGGCCUCGUCGUCUGCCUGUUCCUCGUCCUCUUCUUCGUCGCUGUCCUCGUCUUUGUCCUCGUCGUCGCCGCUUCAAGCCACGUCCACUUCCGCCGAGUCGAGCAUACCGCGGACGUGCAGGGCGUCCAGGCCCAAGAAGCAAUUCAUCUGCAAGUUUUGCAGCCGACAGUUCACGAAAAGCUACAAUCUGCUGAUACACGAAAGAACGCACACCGACGAGCGGCCGUACUCGUGCGACAUUUGUGGGAAGGCUUUCCGACGGCAGGAUCACCUGAGGGAUCAUAGGUACAUCCACAGCAAGGAAAAACCGUUCAAAUGCGCGGAAUGCGGCAAGGGAUUCUGCCAAAGCAGAACCCUGGCGGUGCACAAGAUUCUACAUAUGGAGGAAUCGCCCCAUAAGUGUCCCGUAUGCGCCAGGAGUUUCAACCAGAGGAGCAACCUGAAGACCCACCUUCUCACGCACACGGACAUCAAACCUUACCAUUGUGCAUCCUGCGGCAAGGUGUUCCGCAGGAACUGCGACCUCAGGAGGCACUCGUUGACUCACAAUUUGGGUGUAUCGACGUCACCGCCGCCGCCGGGGAUACCUGUGCCCGGCACCGGGGCCGUGGUGCUACAGGAGACGUCCUAGUGUUCCGUCCACCGAUCGCGGCAAGUCUGGCAUUGUACUAGGAAAAUUUAUUCACGUACGGACUGGAGAAAAAUUUUCAGGCUGGUCAUUCGGACGGUUCAUACGUACAGUGGAACUCUAUUUAUUGGAACGAAAUUUCAGCUAGUGCUCGACUAAAUGAUCUCCUGCCGAUCAAAUUCUUUUAGAUUCGACGAGGACGAACGAGUUUUGUCGCGCGAGCGUUCCGAUAAAAUGUUGAAUUAUACAGCGAAAUAUACACGAGCAGGCCUGUUUUUUUAUUUUGUUAUCGCUCUCUAUAAAAGAUCGCUCGCCUACAUCGAUAUUUGUGCCGAUGUUGAUUUCUAUUAUAUAAACGAAAAAUCUUAUAAAUAGUAGGGAGAAUCGGCGAACUCCUAUUAUGUGAACUACUUGCAUCCCGACAGGUUCAGAUAAAUGGAGUUCUACCGUGAGUUGGUACAUCGGUGAUACUACUUUUUGAUAUAUCGAUCGUGAUCUAAUAUGGUUCAAGAGUGGAUUGGUUAAUAUAUUGGGAGUUAUUCGAGACGAGAAGAUAGGUAAUGGAGAUUCGUGCGAGUUAAGCGGACCUUCCGUCCUUGAUUUUUAGUGUGUUUUUAGCUGCGUAUGUAUUUCGUAGUUGUUAAUACAUAGGGUAUAAUUAUAACUGCAUAUCAGGAUGUUAUUCACGGAUUCAUGAUCGUUAGAUCUGUAAUUAUGUUACGCACGACGUAUUAUAUGUAUGUAUAGGUAGCCGGAAUAGGACAUACAAAAGGAUC